ACUGCAGUCCCGCGAGGAUCGCAGAGCAGGCGAGUGGGGAAGAGGUGCUUGUGUCCUGGGAGGAGAGCAAGCUGUUCCCUGUGUCUGUCAGUGGAGUGAAGGUGCCAAAAUGCUAGCCCAGCUGGGCAGGCAACGCGCUGCCGAAGAGAGGGGAAGGAGGACUCCUGUCCUGCUUCUAGCAGUCCUUUCUGCUGGAGCCUUCCUCUGGAUAAUGGCAACUUGGAAAACCAAUGUCCUGCAGGUGUCAGCAGGACCUGUGCAUGAGCUCCCGUGUCUGGGGAACUCACCGGUCUGCCUGGAGCUGAAAAUGAAAACUAUUCAGUUCUCGGCCAGAAAGGACCUCAUUCUAGAUGCCGUGUUUCACAGCCUGAAAGACAAUGGGAUCGACGGAUUGAAGAGAGAGGAAAUUCUGCAGCUGACAAGAGAGGCAGUUGAGAAGGUGAUGAAACACGACACCUGGCUGCCCAGUUGGGCUCUAAAAACCAUGGGUGCCACUAUUGAUGUGGAGAGGACAUCCAAGAGUUAUGGGGGGAACCGCUGGCUUUCUCCAUUCUUUUCCUCCGCAAAGCCUCCUGAGACGAUCUUGCAGCCUGAUAUUUCUGCUGGCAACUGCUGGGCUUUCCAAGGAUCUCGGGGCCACGUGGUCAUCCGGCUGCCGGAGAAAAUCUGGCCCACGGCUUUUACCAUCUGGCAUAUCUCCAAGGCAGUCUCUCCCUCCGGGGAAGUCAGCACUGCCCCCAGAGAGUUUGUUGUCUCUGGUAAGUCUGUGCCCGCUGCUGCUUCUGGAGGGGCCCAAGGAAACGCUUUGCCAUAG